ACGUAGACAAAUAGUUACUAUCGGUAUAUUAGUCCGAUUAAUAACUGGAUAAAGGGAUUCGCACCGUGGUUCAAUCACACUGCAAUCAGAAUGUAUUUGCUAAUAUCUAGGGCAUGAAGCUGAGUGACAGGUUAGUAUUUGAACAUAUACUCGUCCAAGUCGAUUUUUCUUCCCUGGCUUUACACAUUAAUUUUGCUAGUACAUUAAAUUUGCUAGUUGAGAGCGGAGGCAGCGAGGUAACUUAGGUCAAGAAGCGACCGAGCGACGACCAAGUAGAAAGAGAUCGUCCUUUGGGGCUUUGAGAAAGUCUAGACGUUGAACAGUUCAAAAAGUAACGUUCCUUAGCUGUUAGUAUGACUGACACUACACUAUUGAAUGACACACAACUGACAGUUUAGAGCUUUUAAUACAAAACUGAGCAAUACAUCAAGUUGCAUGAGUAAGAGAAGUAACUAGAAGCAGCUAUAUAUGGAGCCGAUUAGGAACUUGAAUGUUACAGACACAACAAGCGAAAAAGAAUCGUCCGGAAGUACACAUAUCACGUUUACAGAUCAUGAUAUUAAAAUAGAUAAAUAAGUAGAAUAAGGAAAGAUAAAAUGUCAUUCUUCGUCAGUGAUGGUGACAUGAAACAGCCAGUAAGAUAACCAGUUAGUCAUGGACAACCAGUCAAAUCAAUCAAUGAGUACAUCAGAAGAUGCUCCAUUAUCAAGUCAUCUAAGGAUCUCCUUGAGCGUAAUCGUCAUGUUAUGUUCUGCCAUUGCCAAUAUUCUUGUCAUCGCCAUAGUCUACUCCAAUGCACAUAUGAGAACCAGUUUUAAUUACUUAAUUGUGAAUAUGUCUGUGUCAGACUUGUUUGUACCCUUCAUAACAAUACCUAAUACUCUCACCGGUGACUUGACUGGAAAUAGAUGGUUCGUGGACGGUCCCCUUGGUGAAGCGCUGUGCAAACUGUGUUAUUAUCUAAGCGAGUUGACGCCUGCCGUGUCRGUUUUUAGCCUAGUCAUCAUCGCUGUCAACAGGUUCGUGGCCAUUGUAUUUCCAAUGCAUGUGAACGUGUUCAACAAGAAGAUAACUGCAAGACUCUUGAUUAUUGUUCCUUGGCUUGUGAGCAUGGCUUUCUGUUCUCAUGUGUUCUAUACAUUUCGUCUUAGUCAUGAUAACGGCUACCCACAAUGUAUCUUUUCUUCGGAACCAGCCUUCGAUAGCACCACCUAUGCUCGUGUUUACGUCGUGCUUGUUUUAGUGCUAUUCUUCGUGAUUCCUUUCCUUUCUAUUGCUGUAUUGUACUCGAUAAUAAYUUACAAAAUUUAUCAAAGUUCAGAAAAUGUAUCCUCCAUGCUUCAGGAUAGCCGUUCCAGGAAGUACAGAGACAGGCAAAUCUUUUAUUUGUCCAUACUUAUUAUUGUGGCUUUUGGGGUAUUAUGGGGUCCUGUCUUUAUUUACCAUGCAAAUCGAAUACUAACUCCUUCUGAAAGCCUUCCGAAGGUAGACUUUGCUUUAUAUAUCAUGUCCUAUUCUAACUCGGUGGUAAACCCACUCAUUUGCAUCUUUUUCAAUGGGAACUUUAGAAAAGGAUUUAGAAGACUUUGCCGUAGGUUCUACCGGAAAAAAAGGAGAGCAACAAUCCCAAGCAGGUCUACGCGCUUAACAAAGCAAACUAAAGAUAAUGAAAGUAGUUCUAGAAGUAUGAGCGUAGAUCGUUAUCAGGUUAUAACAGCAGUAUGAUUACUGUAAUCUGCAGUGCUGUUGUAUCCUUAUUAGUCUUUCUGAGGUUAAGGAAAAACAUAGUCGAGCUGACAUUGCAGUGCAGUAUAGGACUGUAUUAGGAGACGAAAUAGACGCCAUCUUAAAAUAUGUAGCCUAAAGCAGGCCCACAAUGCACUGCAAUGUCAACUCGACCAAGUUUUUUCCCAGCCUCGGAAUGGCUAAUAGAAAUAAAGUUGAUAAGAAACAAUGCAGAUUAAAGWUAAUGACUGUAGUUAGUUCAGGUUAUUUCAAAAAUAAGUUAGCCACCGAGAACUAGAAAGCUGAGAUUUUUAAUAUUUCAUAUCAAACAAGUAAAGUUAGUGAGGCAAAUUACAACUUGAGCAUGAUCAAAAGAAAUGAUCAAUGAAACUCAAAUUUUUUUAUUUACCUUCGUCCAUAAAAAAAAACAACAAAAAUACAAAAAAAUUAAUAUCCAUUCAUGUAAAUGUAUCUACCAAUAAUCCUUUUUUCUCAGCUUCGUAGCUUUUCAGCUGAUACACCUUAUUUAGUGAAAUAAGUAUAACCACGUAGCCUCCUUGCCUAUUGCUUCUUAAUCAGUAGAGAGUCAUUUUGAAGAGAAAUCUAUAAGGCGUUUACACCAAAAAACACUGUUUCGUGUCCUGGUUAUUUAAGUUUGUUUUCCGUUUAAAAAAAUGCGUCCUGCUUCAUCCAAAUUUUGUAAGUUUGAACUAGAAAUGAGGCCUCUGAUUCUGUCAUAAACACAGAAAACAGAAGAUAUUUAAAUAAGGAAAAAAACAGAGUCGAAAAACAAACAGAAAAUUAAAAAAAGGAAAAAAGAAAAAGAAAAGCAUGAAAUAAAUAAGUAAACAACGUUAGGAAAAAAACGUUAGAAAAGAAAAAAAAUAAGGGAAUAACUAAAAAGUAACAAACAGAUCAUCGAAUGAAUAAGAGAACAAACGAAUGAAUGGAAGACAGGAAGAAAGGAAUGACGUAGUGAUGGAAAAGGAAAGGAAGGAAAAAGAGCAACAGCAAACUUUGUGACAAAGCAAACCAUAUCAUGAAAAAAAAAAAAAAAAAGACUUGAAGACACUAACUUUUUUCAAUCAGUAUUUCUUGGACUAUAUUAUUGACUCACAACACUGUGAAAGUCCAGUGCUUUUCAAAAGCUUGCAAUGAUAAAUACUAAACAUAAGAUUACAGCUCUAGUCUUCGAGAUGCACCUGUUGUACCCAAUAUAUGUAAAUAUGUAUUUAUAUGGGGCUUUUAAUCUAUACAAUUUAGUCUUAAAAACAGUAAGCAACUACUAGUCAUAAUUUGACUGAAACUAAUUUAUAGGUGGCAGGUGUUAAAUUUUAUCGGCCUCAUUCAUAUGGCUAAAACGAAAACGAAAUUUGAUUUCAUGCGUCACUGUAGGCUCAUUUGUAGUUACAAAUAUUGAACGUUGAAGAAAUGGCAUCGUGGAUGUUUUUUAUGAGGACAUGUUUAUGGGAAAAUGUGUUAAAUGGCAAGCUCGAGCUCUUGCCUUCAGGCACGAAUAAAUCCCGAAAGGAAACAACAAUAUUCGAAUCUAAAUUUAAUGUCAUUCUCCCAAAUCGAAACAUGGCCUUCUAUAUMGUGAUGCUCGUCCAAUUUCUAAAUGUUUCAUUUUGAAACAACUGCUUUUUAAGGGGGCUGGGUCACUUGGCCUUUUUGUCCGAAUAGAAAAUUUGUAUCUAUUUUGACUAGAAAAAAGUCGUUUUGUUUAAGGUGAUAUAGAAGUUAGAAGUUACAAAAAUUCAGAUAUUUCAAACUACCAAGAUAGAUCAUCGUAUGCGGUCAUCAAGAAUUGUUAAGAGACAAAAUCAUAACAAGAAGAACUGAGACGGCUACAACACAUGUUCUAUCUUGAGUUAGUUUAUAUAUAAUAUAAAUAAUACGUAUAUGAAAUCCACAGUUCUAAAAAGGAAUAACCCCUCAUGUAAAAGAUACYGUAAAUAAUUUGAUAGUUAGGAGUACUACUAGGAUGGAAGGGAUAUCCAUUUGUUAAGGUUGAAUGUACUUCUAAGGGUAGUUUUUGGCAAAUCUUUCACUUCUUACUUAAAAAGCAACUCUUAUUUGCGGGAAAUGGUGAAAGAUUAUUACAGUGAGUCCCUGGCGAUUAUGAUCCUUUCACGAUAACUCAAAUAGCUUUCACAUUCACUAAAGCCCUAAGCAUAUUGUUUGCCCGGAUGGAGUGAAUGAAGCUAAUAAAUGGCUUCCUCAUUUAAGCCCUAGGCCUAUGAUUGGAUAGCGUGAGUGAAGCCACUAAAUGGCUUCCAAAUUCAAGCCCCGUGAUUGGAUAGCGUGAGCAAAGCCAUCAAAUGGUUUCCACAUUCAAGCAUCGUGAUUGGAUGGCGUGAGUAAAGCCAUCGAAUGUUUUUUAACAUUCAAGACGAUUUUUAGCUUUUAGCUUUGAUAAUGAUUGAAUGUACUGUAAGGUCAUAAUUGAUGUCAAAUAAAGCACAGAAUAAUUGUC